CCCACUCACUCUCUCAAACCAAAGUACAGAGAGAAAAUGGACACAGGAGCUGCUGCUGGUCGACUGCUGCCUGUCCGCUGCUGCUGCUGUUGUUUACACAACAUCCUGUCGUAUCUGCUCCUCCUCUUCCUCUGUACUCAGGGGUAAAGAUCUGCAGCAGAGACGGAGACGCUCAGCUGAGGACACAAUGUAUGUGAGGAGGACGUCUGAGUUGCUCCUGGUGAUGCUGGCGGCGGCGGCUUGGGCUCAGAGCGGAGAUGGGCGCAGUGGCACAGAGCGGCACAGACUCAGCUGCAGCUCUGACAUCACCACAAAAGGGAACAGUUUGACCUGUGAGCUGCUGCAAGGACAACGCAACGACGAGGACGACGAUGACGAUGAGGACGAGGACGAGGACGACAGUAUCCAGAGAAUGUCUCUGUGCGCCACCGACUGGACCCACACGCCGGCGCCCAUCAACUGUGAGGAGAACAGUGGGAACACACUGAACACCAGCAAGCCGCCGGUUGUUGACUUCCACCUGACAGUUCACCUCAGGAGAGGAGGGACAAUCACGACCACGCUCGACCUGAAGAAGAUAGUGAAACCGAGGUGUCCUCAUGUGCGGAACGUCACGUUCAAUCCCGAGUCCAACCUGGUGGUCAUCCACAUCUACACGCCGCACGUCAAGGACUACCUGAGAGCCGACAACCAGCUUUUCCAGCUGCACAUCUGGAGCUCUGACUCUGCACCUCUGAUCCAGAACAUGACGUCAGAGACCAACAUGAAGAUUGACAUGCAACAUCUCCGCAGAAACACCAAGUAUCACGUCAAAGUGCGGGCGAUCCCCGUGAAGCUGCUGAAGGGUUUCUGGAGCGAGUGGAGUGACACGUUUACAUUUAUCACACCCACAGCAGCUGCAAGAGACUCAAACGACAGCUGGGAAGUGAGGUCUGUGCCAACACUGGGUCUUGUCCCCCUGGUGGCAGUGAUCAUCAGUGUCGUUUUCUUCUGGAAGAAAAACAGAAUCUUCUUGUACAUGUGGCCAAACAUCCCACAUCCCAAAGACACACUGGUGCACAUCUGCAAACCCAACCCACGCCACCUGUUGAACUUCAAACCGGAAGUGUUCAGUGUCCUCAGAGUUUCCCCGCUGCUACAGACAGAGAUCUUCAGUUCUGACCUGGUCCAAACUACUGACCCCGUCCACUCUGGGGGCUCCCCUUCUGACCAGGUACCAUCCACAGACCCUGUCCAGUCUGGGUCCUUCAGUUCUGUCCAAUCUGGGUCCUCGAGUCGAGCCGACACUCUCUGCUCCACCCAGACAUCAGACUGCAGGAGUGCGACCAGCAUCAGCACAGAGGAGCUGGAGCUCGCAGCCCUGCUGGGUCGAGGUUCCUCCGACAGUGAGGAAGACCUCCAGAGCACCAGUCCUUCACCGCUCCAUGUCAGUGAUGGCGCCGAGCACAGCAGUGGAGCGGGCCAGCAGGAGGAGGCCUACGUCACCAUGUCCAGUUUCUACCAGAGCAAGUAGAACCAGGGGGGUCAGACCUUAACCUCUGACCUCUCCGAUCGUGACCUCUAUGAAUGACUCUUCUAGAUUUAUCCUGAGGAGCAGGAUGAACCUCGUGGUGCAGUGACGUCAUUGUCCCAAGUACAAUCCAUGAGUUGUUGUAGCAUCAUUUUCCAAAAUGGAAGUACAUUUUUCAUAACGUGUGAUCUUAUUUGUAAAGUUUAGAAUUGCUCUUUCUCAUAUACAUAUAUAUAUACAUAUAUAUAUAUAUGUAUGUAAUUUUUUUUUCAUUGCAUUAAUUAAUUAAAUCAUUGCUAGCUAGUGUCACCACUGCACAUUUGAAGGCACCAUCAGGUAGAUCUGAUUCUUCUACUUCUGGUUCCAUCUUCAGGACAAAGGUUGAAGAUGCAGUCACACGGAUCAUGUGAUGUCAUUCUGCUAGAGGUCACAUGACCUAGUACUUUACAACAGUAAUUUCGGGCGUUACUGACUGAGAACGGCACCCACACAGCGCCCCGCUGUGGCCGAGCAAAGGAUGACAAAAAUGCCAGUUUUUGUUUUGACAUUUUACAGUAUAUAUGUUGAUGCUUGAUUCACAUGUGUUAUAUAUGAUUUUUAAUUAUCUACUGAACGCAAAAACCUAACAUUAAUACUUCACUU